AUGGAAGAGGCGGAGAGGGAGGCGGGGCAGACGCGGGGGGGAAGAAGGGGGGAAGGGGCAGCCGGAAAGAAGAGGAGGCGCAAAAGAGAAAAGAGAGGGGAGGCGAAAGGGGCAAGUGAGAGGGAAGGCGGGGACGGGGAGAAGAGAGCGGGAAGGGCCACAAAGGGGGCGAGGGCAGCGAGGGGAAAGGCGGCAAGGACCGGGGCGGGAGCACCCGAAGCCAGAGCGGGGGCCAAGGGGGAACCGAGGCAGGAGAAGGGAGAGGAACAAAGCAGGCGCGGAGGCCGGGAGCGAGGAACAAGGACGCGGAGGAAAGGGGGGGAGAGGGGCCCAAGGCAGGCGGCGCAGGGGCGGGGAGGGAGAACCGGGGCAAGGGAGAGAAAAAAGCACGGGGGAGGGAAGGAGGAACACGGAGGGGGGGCACAGGGAGGGAGGGAGAGAGGGCGGGGCGCCGGGGACGCCGAAACAGGGGGAAGAAAGACGAGGGAAAGCAAGGAAGGCAGCAAAAGAGGCGAAAAGCAGGGCCAGAGCCCCCGAGCCAAAAGCAAAGCCGCCACCGCCUGCCAAGAGCCCGGGCCACGCCAGGGCAGCGCAAAACCCAGCAAAGGAAGCACCACAGCAGCCCGCGCGGCGGGCCAACAAAAAAGGACAGGAAGAAGGCCAAGAAGAAGGGGAGACACGGGAACGGACGGGGCAGCAGAAGCGACCACGGAGCGGAGGCGGCGCGGGGGGACACGCGGAAGCGGGGGGCGGAAGGCCGCGAGGAGUGAAGGGCGGGCGGAGGGGCAGAGGGAGGCCCGAAAGAGAGGCCAAAAGGAGGCCACCACGGAGAGGGAGGGAGCAGCAAAGCGACGGGGGCCCGGGAGGACCGGGCCAAACCGACCAGCCGACAAAACCAAGCCCGGGGAAGCAAAGGAAAGCCAGAAACAGGGGAAGAGCGGCGGGAAAGGGGACAGAGGCGAGAAAGCGGAGGCCGGGGGCCGGGCCAGGGCGCAGGGGCCCAAAAAAAAGACGGGACAGGGAGAAGGGGGGGGAGGGGCGGGCAAGCAACAAGAGAACGAGGAAGGAGAGAGGGCCGAGGCCGCGACGGGAGGAGAGGCGGGAGGAACGGGAGGGAGCGAAGGACGGGAGCAAGGGGGAGGGAAACGAGGAGAGCAGCAAAGCAGGAGGAAAGAAGGGGAGAGGGGAAAACAGCCGGAAAACAAAGCAGGGGGGAGAGGAGGGGGGAGGCAGGCCGGGGGCGGAACGAAGGCCCCGAGCACAG